CAGGUACUGGGAGGACGCAAGCGAUGAGUACCGGUGCAUGGAGGGCUCGCUGCUACCUCUGUGGAAGUUCCACCAUGACAAGUCGAGAGCGCUCCUGGUCUCCGCCGUGUGCUGGAGCCCCGUGUACCACGAUCUGUUUGCUGCUGCUUACGCCACAGGAGAGCUAGGAGGACCCUUAGGCGAAGGGAUGCUAUGCAUCUACACGCUGAAGAACCCGUCAACGCCAGAGCGAGUCCUGCGCGCUCCGUGUGGCGUCACCUGCGUCCAUUUCCACCCGAAGGAAACUAGAGAGAAAGAGGAAUCCAACACAAUAGAAAUCGUCACGAUCCGUUAA